AUAUUUUCAAACAACUUAAAUCCAUGGAUUAAGAGUAAUAAGAGCAAUAAGCUUUUGAUAAAGUUUCAUUAUUCACUGUUGUUUCUCUAUCAUUAGUAAGCUUCUUAUUCUAUUAAUUUACAUCAAAACCAGAACUUUAUGGAGGUGAUGAAUGUAUUGCAUUAAGAGAUUGUGCAUUUUUUAUGGUUUGGCUAUACUUAAUAUAUGUCAUUAUAAUUGGGUAUAUGUUUAUCCAAUAAUUAAUACUAGCGUAAUGAUUUAAUGGAAACCUUAAUCUAAUUCCAAGAUCAAAAUUUAUAUAUCAGGAAUUUUAUUAGUUGGGUUUGUAAUUAGCAAUAUUUUUUUAAUUAUUCAAUAUUUUAAAAAUGAACCUUGCAAUUUAUUGAGAUAUGUCAUUUUUUGGUAUUUAAUUUUGAUGUCCAUUACCUUUUUAUUAUUUAUGUCUAUAGUAGGUGCUAUAAUAUAUAUGAUGUGA